AGUGCCAAUUGAUGCCACACCACCACCCGUUUCCUUGGAACCAUGGAGGCCAUGGACGUACCCGUGGGCAACCUCAUUGACUUUGACUCCGAACCUUCCACCACCGACACGUCUGAAUCCGUCCCCCUGUCUUCUCUCCCUGCCCCUGACGGCAACGGGUUGCUGGACCACCUGAUGGACGACGCGAGUGCCGUGGCCGAGGAGAGCGAUGCCACGGAGUCUGCGGACAGCGAGAAUGACACCACGGACUCCCCCACCCACCACAGCUGGAACAACCACCGCCGGUCCUCCUCGGAGUCCUACUCAUCCAAUCAGAGCACAGAGUCCGCCAAGGACGAGGUGACGGCCGAAAACCGGGAGUUCAUUCGGCAAUAUGUGGAAAAGAUCUUCACCGGCGGAGAGGAGUUUGACCAAGAGGAAAAGGCAAAGUUUGGGGAACUCUGCAGCGGGGAGAAUGCAAAGGGCAGGGAAUGGUUUGCAAGAUACGUGAGUGCUCAGCGCUGCAACUCCAAGUGUGUCUCGGAGCAGACCUUCUACCGGCUGGUGCAGUCUUUUGCCGUGGUGCUCUUUGAGUGUUAUCAAAUGGAUGACUUCAGCCCUGCGAAGAACCUGAUGACCAUGUGCUUCACCUACUACUAUAUUGGCAAGCUGCAAGCCCUGCCCUCCGAGGCCAAAGAGAAGCCCGCCGGCAGCAUCGAUUCCUACCUGAAGUCCGCAAACAGCUGGCUGGUGGAGAAGAAGGACAUUGCAGAGCGGCUCCUGAAGAACACCAAGUCUGAGAACAUGAAAGGCUUUUUUGGAAGCUUCGAGUCCAAGCUGAAAUCUCCCAUGGCCAAGAAAAACGAGGAUGGUGAGGAGAAGCCAAAAGAGAAAAUCCAGAAAUCAGUUUCUCUGUACACUCCUGAGGAGGAGGAAGAAAAGAUGGGGGAGAAGAUCUACCUGUACAUGCACCUGAAGCAGCAGCCCAUCUGGCAUACUCUGAGAUUUUGGAACGCGGCUUUCUUUGAUGCAGUCCACUGCGAGAGGCGGAAACGGUCUCCUACCACCAGAGGGAAUGCUGGAGAGGAAGAGGAAACCAGGGAGAAAUGGUGCCACAUGACUCAGGAAGAGCGGGACGACAGCUUGCGAUUCAAUGAGAAUAUCACCUUUGGACAGCUGGGCACCUUCACCCAUAACAUGCUGGCCUUUGGGCUGAACAAGAAGCUUUGUAAUGACUUCUUGAAGAAGCAGGCGGUCAUUGGCAAUCUGGAUGAAGAGCAGUACAAGCUCCUGAGCGACCACAUCGAACAAAUGGCCACCGAGUAGCAACGCAAGCUGGCCUGCUGCGUCUGGGAAUUGAGCGCGGAAGCCAGCGAGG